ACAGCUAAGAAACUGGCAAAGGUUCGUUGUGCUGCAUUUACAGGCUCGGCCAGUGAGAGAGAGCAACUCCCACGACCGGUCAGCUCAGUCUGCUGCUGCUGAAAAGGGCGCGCGCACACACACACUCACACACACACACACACACACACACACACACACACACACACACACACACACACACACACACGCACACACACACACACACACACGCAAAGGCACACACACGCACCGCAGCCUGUGCUGCAUCAAGAGGGAGCAAGGAGGGACACACGGAUUGGGAAUACUCCCAGGGAGAAGAAGGAGUUCCACAGAGGAAGUGGAUUGUUGGGGAGUAGUGCAAAUAUGUUCUCUGCACCGCAGCGUUCCAUGCACCUGCUCCAGGACCACAGCGCUUUUUGAUUAUGUGGAGGCACUGACAAAUAUCCAUUGUGGACCUGCAGGUUCUCAUACAUUUGCUUCUGUGACAUCACUGCAACGUAGGAUCCUGAGGGUAGAGGACCUGACCCGAACUCGCCUCCCCUCACCUCUCUCUCCCCUUCCCUCCCUGCCUCCCUCCCUCCCUUGGUUUCCAUUAGUCCUGAGCCCACCAUGGGAGGAUGCUUCUCCAAACCCAAACCAGUUGAAGUCAAAGUGGAGCUCUCUCUCCUGGAAAACGAAAAAGAGGUGGACGGCCUUUCGCCCAACGGCAAGGCCAGUCCCUUUGCAGACUGCAGACCGAACGGGGCCCUCGGACACAGCUCGGAUGACGACUCCGCCUUGCUCCAAGCUUACCACAGAUCACGGGACUAUGUGGAGGCAUCUGUCUGUCAUGUCAAAGACCUGGAAAAUGGACAGAUGCGAGAGGUUGACUUGGGAUGUGGCAGAGCGCUGUUGAUUAAGGAACAUGGCGAGUUCUCAGCAAUGGGCCACAAAUGUCCACAUUACGGCGCACCGCUCGUCAAAGGUGUGCUGUCAAAAGGACACGUGCGCUGCCCGUGGCACGGUGCUUGUUUCAACAUCGCAACAGGCGACAUCGAAGACUUCCCCGGCCUGGACAGCCUGCCGACCUUCCAGGUCAGAGUUGAAAAGGACAAGGUCAUCAUCCGAGCAAACAAGCAGGCUCUUCAGUCGCAGAAACGGUCAAAGGCCAUGGCAAGAUGUUCUGCGGUCAUUAACUCGAGCACAAGCUUGACGAAUGUUUUAAUUAUUGGGUCAGGUCCAGCAGGUCUCGUGUGUGCAGAGACGCUGAGGCAAGAGGGCUUCACUGAGCGCAUCGUCAUAUGCACCAUGGACAGACAUCCUCCUUAUGACAGGCCUAAACUGAGUAAGUCCCUAGACAGCACAGCGGAACAGCUGAGGUUACGUUCCAGGGACUUCCUGCACGAUCACGACAUUGAAUUGUUCACAGAAAAAGAGGUGGUGGCAAUAGAUGUGAAGACACACUCUGUCUCCUUUGAAGAAGGCUUGAGGAUGGAAUACAGAAAACUCUUUGUCGCUACAGGAAACAAACCCAAACCUCUUAACUACAAGGGUGCGGAUGUCAGGAAUGUUUUUCACCUCCGGACGCCUGAGGAUGCUAACAGCAUAGCGAGGCUGGCCAAUAACAAGAACGCUGUGAUUGUGGGCACAUCAUUUGUCGGUAUGGAGGUGGCUGCAGCUCUGACUGACAAGGCCCACUCUGUCUCGAUCAUUGGGGUUGAGUCAGUCCCAUUCAAAAAAGCCCUCGGUGAGAAAGUAGGGAAAGCCAUCAUGAAGCUUUUUGAAGCCAACAGGGUGAAGUUCUACAUGCUGAAUGAGGUGUCAGAGAUGAUUGGCCAUCAUGGACAGCUGAAGGAGGUAGUGCUGAAGAGUGGCAAAGUCCUGCGGGCAGAUGUCUGUGUCAUCGGAGCUGGAUGUGUUCCAGCAACAAGCUUCUUGAAACAGAGCGGCAUUCACAUGGAUUCAAAGGGCUUCAUCACCGUCAACAAGUAUGCUCCUUAUAUGAUUUUGAAGAUGCGAUUUGAAGGUCAAAUUGUCGCUGUCUCUGAGAUGAUGCAGACAAAUGCUCAAGGGGUCUUCGCUGGGGGAGAUGUCGUGACCUUUCCCUUCUCGCCACGCAACAAUAAGAAGGUUAACAUCCCUCACUGGCAAAUGGCUCACGUGCACGGAAGGGUAGCAGCUCUCAACAUGGUGGGCAGAGUCACUGAGGUGAAAACAGUGCCUUACUUCUGGUCAGCCAUGUUUGGGAAGACCAUACGCUAUGCAGGUUAUGGGGAUGGAUUUGAUGAUGUCAUCAUUCAAGGUGAUCUGGAUGAACUGAGAUUUGUCGCAUUUUACACGAGGGGCGAGGAGGUGGUUGCGGUGGCCAGCAUGAACUACGAUCCCAUUGUGUCCCGAGUGGCUGAGGUCUUAGGAUCCGGAAAGACGAUUAAGAAACGAGAUGUGGAGACUGGAGACAUAUCCUGGUUGAUUGACAAGGGCUCCCAAUAACUUCACGUGUACACAUGUACGGAGUAGGUGUGCACUGUAAUUCUGGAUACAGACACUAAAUGGUGCUGAGAAAAAAGGCAGCUAUCUCUAGCCCGAGAUCUGUGACUGUUCAAUCUACUGAAAUGUCACAGAGAGAGAGGGAGAGAGCGCUGAGUCAGCAGGACUUUGGUGACCCGACUUGUCAUGUUUCAAACCAUCGUGGAUUCAGCUGCAAGAUGUCCUUUUCAUGUACACUUUGUUUAUAACAAGCCAUUAAUGGGCAUUGGCAAGAGCGUAUAUAGCUAUAAUCUUGAAUGUGCUGCCCUGCAAUAAAAACAACUUCUAAUUGGG